AUGAGACAUCUCUCACCAGUUAGAACAGCGGAUUUCCAUUGCCCAGUGGAGGACUUGCUCGAUCCACCGCAAGCUGAACUACAACGUCCCCAUCCAGCUGAAAAGGCCGCAGAAAGGGUCUCAGACGAGUUCCAUGUCGGCGCCGAGACGAACGAGGACCGGAGGACCACGGUUCGGCGCGGUACGGACGAGACCACGAAAGCAGCUGCCCAGCAUUGCUACGUGGGCAUGGGUCAGCUGCAUGCGGCCCUUGAGGACAUCCAGGCGAUCACGGAGGGUCAUCGAGGGGAGAAAGGUGAGGAUGGCUUUGAUGCGCGCCAGUGGCACAAGGUCUGGAUGUCCCGCGGGGGGAUCCAUCGCAAAUUGGCGCAGCUCACUGCAGACCCUGCGGAGUCCGCGCGACUCUACGCGCAGUCGAAAGCUGACUACGAGUACGUGCUUCUGAUUCAGCCGCCGAACGAGAGCUACGUGGCCAAAGCGCAGCGUUGCUUACAGCAGCUGGCGCAACGUGACACAGGCAAAGCUCGAGAAAGUGUGGAUGGCAAGGGCAAUCAGGCCGCCUCCCCAAGCUCGCCCUCGCCCAAGCGGCGGCGCUUGUCAGCCUCCAGGAGCCGCUCCCGCUCCCCGGCGCCGGCACCGAUCGUGCCCGCGCUGUCCACGGUGCCCGCAGUGCCCGCGGUGUGUGCUGCGGCCACGGUGCCUGCCACGGCGCUGGACACGCCGGCCACGGGUCCGCGUGCGGGGUCCGCCUGUGCAGCGAAAGCGCUGGAGGCCUUGGGCGAGGAGUGCGUGGCCGCCGGCCGCCGGCUCUUCGAGGAGGGCGCGGUCACCUGUCUGAAGGAGCCGCGGGAGGACCGGAGGCGCUACGAGGUCCUGGUGCUGGGGCUCCCUGAACUCGUCGAGCUCCAAAGAUCCACAGACUGGUCUGGCAGCUGCAGUUGUCGACUGAACUCCCACUGCAAGCAUGUGGCGGCAGCUCUUUGCGCGGAACAGGCAUGGCAGGAGAGAGAGCUGCAAGAGCUGCAAGCAGCAGAACCGCAGGCGAGUGUGGCCAGUGAGCGCCGUACGAGCGGUGCAACCGCUGCGAGCGCGAGCGGCUGGCGCUUGGAGGUGCUGGCAAGGCGGCUCGAGCGGAAGACGAACGACGAACUGAAAAACUAUCUCAGGCUCAACGGGCAACUGCUGAGCGGUGCAAAGGGUGACUUAGCGCAGCGCCUCGCUGAAGCGACGCUCUACGGAGCUUUGGCACCCUGCCCUCGGUGCGGUGGACAUUUGCACCCCGAAGAACCCUCUGUGGCUCCGGACACCCUGUACUACUGCAAGCGCCAGCUCCGUGAUCGCGAAGCCUGCGGCUAUCAGGCCGCCGGUCGAGCGGUGGAGCGCAGGCCCUUCUUAGGGGCCGAUGAGCUGCUGCGGGGCCUGCGGGGCUGA